AUGGCCACGUUUCGAAGAACUAUGGCCAACUAUGAUCUUAUUGAUAUGGGAUUUGUGGGCAGUCGCUUUACGUGGAGCAAUAAGCGUAAAGCAAUAAAAAAACUACGGUGGAGGAAAAUCACAAAGCAGUUUCGGUUUGAAGAAUGUUGGCAUGAAAACCCUAGAUGUGGGGAACUAAUACAACAAUCCUGGUCCAAACCAUCUACUGGUAGUGCACUACAACAGGCUGCCCUAAAAAUUCAAGAUACUGGAAAUACUUUGAUGCAGUGGUACUCAUCUAAGCUGAAUAAUCAAAAUGCAGAGAUGAGAAUCAUUCAAGAAAAGCUCAAUGACCUUAUGCGUAGACCUUAUUCUUUGGAACAAUAUGAAGAACAAAGGCUGUUACAUGUUAAGCACAAUCAACUGUUGGCUCAGCAAGAGAAGAGGGCUACUAAUCGUAAGAGCAAGAACCUAAUCAGAGGGCUUAUUGACGAACAAGGGCAGUGGCAGGUGGAACCAAAUGAAAUUCAGAGACUCCUACUAUCAUACUUUAAGAAGGUGUUCUCAACUGAGAGUACCAACUUAGAGGCUAUUGAAGCAAUUGUACAGGCAACACCAACCAAAGUGUCGUCUGAGAUGAAUGAAAGUCUUAUGCAACAGUACUCAGAUGAAGAGAUUAAAACUGCACUCUUUCAAAUGCAUCCAUCGAAGAGUCCAGGCCCUGACGAAGGUCUGUCAGCCUUCAUCACAAAUGCUAUGCAAUGUAAUUUGAUUCAGGGCAUGAAGAUGUGUCCACAUGCUCCCACCCUUCAUCACCUAUUUUUUGCAGAUGAUUCUUUAUUAUUUGGAACAGCCACUACCGCAGAAUGUCUUGCUUUUAAACACAUCCUCAAUGUUUAUAAGCAAGCCUCUAGACAAAAAGUUCAUUUCCAAAAGAGCAUUAUGGUGUUCAGCAAGAAUGUUGAUAUUGAUCUCCAAAAUAGUCUGGCAUCCAUUCUUGAGGUAGAAAGAAAAGCAGAGCAUGAUAAACACCUUGGCUUACCAUUGAGAGUAGGGAAGUUCAAGACAGAAAAGUUUGCUUACAUCAAAGAACGAUUGCCAAAGAAAUUAAUUAGCUGGAUGUCCAAAAUCCUAAGUUGUGCUGGUAAGGAAAUCCUCAUCAAGGCAGUGGCUCAAACAAUGCCUCUUUAUGCCAUGAAUUGUUACUUGCUACCAAAAAACCUCUGUGAUGAUAUCCAUCAACUAUGUGCUUCAUUCUUUUGGGGUGACACUGAUGAGAAGAAGAAAAUUCAUUGGAGAAGUUGGGAGAGACUUUGCUUAACCAAGCAAGAGGGAGGUAUGGGUCUCAAAAACAUUUAUGCUUAUAAUCUAGCCAUGCUUGCUAAACAAGGAUAG